AUGUCAAAUAAAGUGGUUUCAACCUUACCGCGGAUCCGUGCCACAGUUGGACACAUUCCACAGAGAUUGAAGACCGCAAACAUUGAACCUAGUUCUCGCGCUAGAUUAGAGAUCUUACGACGAAUCGUCACACGAAUGGUACGUGAGGAACGCGCCGAGUUUCCAUGGAAUAGAGCUGUGGAGGCAAGACCUUAUUUGGAAAGAUUGAUUCAACUUGGAGUGGAGCGAGGAGAAAAUGAUGAAUACACGACCAAAAUGAUGGAAUGGUGGCUGCCUGAAGCUGACCUUAUCACCAAAAUGCACAAAGUAAUUGUUCCACGAUUUGUUGAUAAAGAGGGACCGUACACGUCAAUAUACCGUCUUCCCACGCAACGACUCUGCACUUAUGUCUCUAGAAGAUAUGAAAAGUGGAAGCGCUACGAAAUUGCCGUUCUAGAAAUCGAUGGUAAUCCAUUCCCUCCUGUUUUGGGCGAUAAGGAGAACAAAUCGUCAUCGUUGCUAAAUAUACUUCUCAGGGACAGUCUGCAGAACCGGCUCAAAAAGCUCCAAUCAAGUACGAGUAAGGUCUCAUAGAGUUUGAUUGUUGAGAUUAGCAAUUUGUUAUAUACUGCUUGUGGAUAGUCAUCAUUUUAUCGUUCAUGCUGUUUUCGCACUUCUUCUUCCAGUUUAUAAUGAAACUUUCACCAAAUAAUUAUUGAGGAGAUCACCGUUUACACGGGUGUUUACUGUUUCUUAGCGCAAGUUGCUUUUAGUUUGAG